UCAAACUUAUUUUAGCCAGUUUAGAAUUUUUUAGUCGUAGUCCACGGAACUGCUCGUCUGAGACGCACGAGAAGUAAGACUACAUUUUUUUUGAGGUGGGAGAUUUAUUUUUCAAUUUUCAUCGACUGGAUUGAACGAUUGAACUCUUGAGCAAGACUGAGCGGAAGGGUCCGCCAAGAUGAGUCUUAAUAUGGGCGUUAAGGCUCUACUUAACUGGGUCAAUAGUUUUACGUUGGCCCACCGAGAAAUUGAAGACUUGCAAGAUGGGGAGUUGCUGAUUCGUGUUGUUUAUAAACUGAAACAGGAACCAGACCCUCCUUUAAGUCAAUCAACUGAGGAACGUUUUAAACUCAUUGCGGAAUUUGUGGAGAAGGAUUGCAGAUUUAGUCCAACCAAUGGUACAGGGUUAUCCUGGGACAACAUAAGAAAUGGAGUCAACCUGACUGUGGAAAUUGCAAAGGUUCUUCUGUUACUGGUUUAUUAUGACAUCAUGAAUGAGCGGUGCACCUUUAAAGCUUUGGAAUGUGAGGUGGAGAGGGAGCUCGCACAUCUGACUGGUUCUUAUGUGAUGGAGAAUGACGGCUGCGUUUAUCUGAGCAAAAGCCUUGAUUCCUACUUGUCAAAGCGACAUCUGCCCGUGCCUCCUGACAUACUCGAGCGAAUGGUAAGCACCUCCACAUCCAAUGCGUCGACUGCUUCUUCGUUCUCCGACGACGACGACUCCCCCGUGUUCCGUCGUACGCCGAAAAUCACAUUUUUGGACAUGCACACUGUGGCGUCAUCUUCCGUCAGCAAAUCUCCCCUUCAGGAUAUCAUGAACACACCCAAAUUCCAGUUGCGAAAGAUUCAGCGGCAGAUGGUCAAAGAGCGGGAUCAUAUGGAUCGGCUGGAGAAGGAGCUCGCCAGCAAGAUGAGCCUCAUUGCACAAAGAGAAUCUCACAUCAACCAGUUGCAGUAUUGCCUGGAGAAGAUGAAAGAGGAGCACUGCAAUCAAGAGCAGACCACCAGGGAACAAAUCAAUGAGCUCCAGUCCAAGAAUAACUCUUUACAACUGCGACUGAGUGAGAUUGUCAAGGAAAAUAAAGACUGUAAAAGUAACUUUUCAUUGAUGGAGCGAAAGCUGGAUGAACUUGAAGAGGAGAACGGCGUCCUCACUUCACAGAUACGUGCUGCACACGCCCAGCUGUCCACAAUUCAAGAUGAGGUCGGCAGACUGACAGAAACCCAUUGGUCUGCUCAAGAGGAGUCGAGAACAAAAAUGGACUACCUCCACUCUGAGCUCAAUCAAGCCACUGCGCAAAAGGAGCUCCUGACUGAACAAAUUCAGAUUCUGGAAGGAAAGAUUUCAUGUUUGGAAGAUGACAUUAGAGCAGCCACAAAGGAAGAUGUCGGAGAAAAUCUGGGCCCAAUUAUUGAGAGAGAUGAGCUGGAGCUUGAAAUUGGCCGCUUAAAAAAGAAACUGGCCUGCACAGUUGACUGCUUGAAGGAAGCUGAGGCCAAUGUGGAGGCCAAAACACUGCAGCUUUCAUAUUUUGAGCAGGAAAUCACCCAACAAAAAGGACUACUGGAGCAACAGAACUUGCAGAUUGAAGAUAUUGUUCAAACCAAGGAUCGCAUUUCGAACGAGCUGCAGAAGGAAAUCUCUGAGCAGAGAGCAGCCCUUCAGAGAGAGAUUGAUCAUCUUAAACUUCAGCUUGAGCAAGCAAAGCAACAAAAUGCUGAGCAGAUCAGUGAGUUACAGAAACAUAUUGCUGCUUCCCAGCAAGAAUUGGACACCCUUAAAGAAACGAGUAGAGAAAAGGAAGACUGCCUCAAUCAGGCCAGAGAAGAUGUGAAAGAUCUCGAAACAAAGUUUCAGGAUUUGACGUCCAUUUUGGCGGAUAAAAAUAUUCAAAUUGACACUCUCCUUGAAGAAGCUGAAUAUUUUGUAACGGAAGCUCUGAAAAACAAAAAUGAAAUGGAUAGCAAAGACCAACUGCUGGCUCAAAUAUGUCAGGAGAAUGCUAAUCAGCAAGAAAUUCUCCAGAAUAGAAUCCAGACUUUGAUACUUGAAGUUGAAAAACUUACCUUGUCCGUGCAGCGUGCUGAAGAGGAGGUUCAAGUGAAGCAUGACCUUUUAGCUAGAACCCAACAAGAAAAUAUCGAGCAGAGGGCUCUGCUCCAGCAACAGAUCACAACCAGUGAGAUGGAAGCUUCCAGGCUAAGAAAAGAAAUAGAAGCCAGAAAUGAGCAGCUUUCCAUCUUGCAGAAGGACAGUUCUGAGCAGUCUGCAAUCCUUCAAAAUCAGAAUAACCUUCUAAAAAGCCAAGUUGAAGGACUGAAUACCUCUUUGACCAAAGCUGAGGAGCGUGUCCAAUCUCUGCAGGUUCUACUAGCAAAGCAGGAGCAGGAAAGUGUUUAUCAAAAAGAUGUUUUGCAGCAGCAACUUACUGUUUCUGAAGAGAGUGUAAGGACCAUGAAGGAGGAGAUCCAGACUAAGGAGCUGCAUAUCACUUUAUUAAACAAGCAGUUUUCAGAGAACUCUGAACAGCUUCAUAAAGACAUUCAAAGGUUGGAGGGACAAGUGGAGAGCCUCACUUCAUCAUUGAAGAUUGCUGAGGAGAAUCUGCAAUCCAAGGAAAGUCUGUUGGCUAACCAGCAAUCACAGAAUACUCAGCACAUAGAAACACUGCAGGCACAGAUAGUUUCUUCUCAAGAAGAGGUGAGCAGACUGAUUUCAGAACUACAUGCCAAGGAAGAACACCUGGAGGGCAUGAAAGAUUCUCUCCAUAUUGCAAAGAACCAAGUGAAGGACAAAGAAAAUUUCAUUGCCAAUCUGGAGAAAGAGAACACUUUUCACAUCGAUCAGCUCAGAAAGGACAACAUGGACCUGGUAGAGCAGGCUGAAAAACUCAAGGAGGAAAUCCAUACCAAAGAAGUCCAGUUAGACUUGUUUAAGGUAGAGAGUGGCAAACUAUCUGAAGUGACGCGGAAUGAGAUGGUGAGUCUGAAGAGGCAAAUACAAAGCGUCACUGCAUCACUUCAGACUACGGAAGAACAAGUCCAAACAAAAGUUAACCUCCUGGCAAACAAGGAAAUGGAGAUUUCAAAGGAAAGAGAGAAGUAUCAAAGUCUGAUGAAAUCCUCUUCAGAGGAGGUGACCCUGCUGAGGGACCGCAUACAGACUCAAGAGGAACAGCUUGCUACACUGAGAGAGGAAGGCUCCUUGCGGUCAGAUAUGCUACAUAAGGAGAUCAGCCAGCUAAAAGACCAGUUGGCAAUGGUGAAUAAAUUGCUCUCUGAAGCUGAGCAGAGAUUUCAGACCCAGUUGGCUAUGAUGACCGCCCAGGAGCAGGAAAGCACACAACAGAGAGAACUUCUACAACAACAGAUCUCUGUUGCAGAGGCUGAGGUGAAGAAAUUGAACGAGGAGAUCCAAGUUAGAGACGAACAUAUUGCGCAACUGAAUGCCACCAACUCUGAACAGUCAGACUUGCUUCGCCAGGAGAUCCAACAUUUAAAGACACAAGUAGAGUCUCUUGACGAGUUUCUCAAGAAGGCUGAGGAGGAUGUUAAGUCUAAAAGCGAUAUGUUGACUCAGCAGCAGAUUGAAGCAGACAUGAAGCUUCAAGAGAAAUGCCAUAAGGAAGAGAUCUUACAAAAACAGAUUUCCUCAUUUGAGAAGGACAUUCUGGAGCUCAGAGAGUGUCAUGACGAGAAGGAAAAACUCUGCAUCGAGGCUGAAGAGAAACUUGAAAUUCUUCAGGCAGAGUUGGCUACCGUGAAAACCCAAUCAAUUGAAAAAGACCACAACCUUGACACCCUGAAGGCUGAGGUUGCCAUCCAAGCAAAUUUGGCUCAAAAGGCGAAGGAAGAGACUCAGAGCACUGUUAACAUGCUUACUAAGUUCCAAGAAGAAGCCCCCAAAAUAACAAAUGCACUUACGCUUGAGAUAGAGGAUCUUAAAGGACAGUUGAAAGAAAUUAAGGGUAAAGAACAACAGUUACUUGAAACCCAGCAAGAGUCUGGUGAGCUGAUUGAGAAACUUCAGCUGCAGCUCUCUGCAUCACAGACAGAGGUGAGGAAGAUGGAUGUGGAGAUCCAAGCUAGAGAGGAAUACGUCAGGCAAUUGAAUGCCACCAACUCGGCCCAAUCAGACACCCUUAAUCAAGAAAUCCAACACCUAAGGAAACAAGUGGAGUGUCUUGAUGCCUCUCGAAGGAAGGCUGAAGAGGAUGUUCGGUUUAAGAAUGAUCUGUUAGUUCAACAGCAGAAAGAAUCUGACAGGAACUCGCAGGAGAAUGACCAAAAGGAAGAGCUUCUACAGAAACAGAUUUCGUCUUUUGAAGAGGAGAUUGUGAAGCUCAGAGAGUGUCUUGAUGAGAGGCAGAAACUCCUCAUCAGAGCUGAAGAGAACCUUGAAAUUCUCCAGACCGAGUUGGUUGCUGUCCAAACCCAAGCAGCUGAUAAAGAUAACAGCCUUCGCGUCCUCAGAGCGGAGGUUUCCACGCACGUUAAUUUAGCUCAGAAGGCAAAUGAGGAGGCUCAAGCCAGCGCUAAAAUGCUGGUUGAGCAGCAGGAAGAGAACUUCAAACACACAGAUGCACUUAAACUUGAUAUUCAGGUGCUUAAAGGACAGUUAGAAGUAAUUUCUCUCCAACUUAAGGACAAAGAACAGCAAUUGCUUGAAACCCAACAAGAGUCUGCUCAGCUUACAGAGAAACUUCAGCUGCAGGUUGUCUCACUCAGUGCAGAUUUGGAACAACACAAAAAGUCCCAAACUGAAUCAGUCAAACAUUGGGAAGAAAACCAGGAGAAUCAGAAGGCAAUUACCGUUGAAAAGGAUGCUCUUGUUCAGGAAAAUGAAGUCCUACUGGCCAAGAUACUACAGGCGGAGAAAGACCAGAGGGCGCUGGAGAAACAAGUGGAUGUGCUGGUUCUGGAGAAGGAGCGACUUCUUCAGAGCAAGAUGGUCGCAGAGAGAGAGUACUUGGCCUCACUUAGGGUAGAACAAGUGCUCAAGCAAGAGCUGGAACUAGUAAAGCUGGAAAACGCCAGACUCUCGAGAGAAACUGAAAAAAAUGAGGAGAGUGAUAGGCAAAAGAGAGAAGAGCUGCAGGAGCAGCUUGUGGCUAAAACGCAGGCUGCGGAGCACUACAAAGCUCAGAUGGAAAAGGCAUUUAGUCACUACAACGACAAGAAGAAGCUUCUCCAUGAAAGCCAAGAAGAGGUGGCUGAGCUCAAGCGCUGCGUGGAAGUGAGAACGCAGGAGGCCAAAGCUGCUGGGGAGGAGCUCAAACAGCUUCAGCUUGAAUUGGAAAAAGCUCAAAGCAAGGAACAAAACAUGUUGAGCAAGAUCAACCGUUUGGAGGCGCAGGUGGCCUUUGUUGACCUAAACCUGCGGGCACACAACCGAAUCGUUGGCCACGACGGAGACGUGUCCGAGUCGGCUUACUUGGAUCUUCCGGCCUCACGCUCAAAUGUUCACAGUAACGCAAAGCCCAAGAGAAUCAUGAGCUCAGACAGUCUGGACCAAAGCUCCCUUGAAGACUCUCUGAACAACACAAGGAAGCUUCCGGCACACGAGGACUCGAGCACGCCGCUUGUUCGUAGCUCGGAGAGGCUGGCGGCCAAGCGUUGUGGUCUGAAGACCGAGUCACUGGAAACGCUUUACUUUACACCAAUAAACGCAAGACACAUCAACAGAACCAGCACGGAAAACAAAAUAAAAGUUGACGGCAUCCAUAUAAAUCCAUCAUCAUCCGUCAAAAGGCGAAGGACAACGCAGGUUAUAAACAUAACCAUGACGAAGAAAACCCCAGGCGACGACGAAGGCGACGAGACGUUCUACAGCCUGGCCCCGGCUCGCUCGCACCCCAACCUCUCCGGCGCCCACGGCGCACGUCCCGUGUCCGUGACGCUUUUUGACACGCCCGGUAAAAUGAGCGACGCUGCCGGCGACCAGCUCAGCGGUCUUCCUGGGUACAGGCGGAGUACGUUCCAUUUGCAGGCUCCAAGCGCGUUUUGCGUCGACGGGGAGAACGAGCCAGAUGGCGCGCCCGACGACUGGAUGAGGAUUGCUGAGCUCCAGGCUAGGAACAGAGCAUGUCUUCCUCAUCUCAAGAGCAGCUACCCUGUAGAGUUUGAGGCUGGCUGCAAAAGCACCUUCCCUUUCACGGACGAGGAAGUCCGUACCGGCGAUCCGAUGGAGACCAUUCGCCGGGCAUCUGUCAUGCCCGGCCAGUUGCAGGACUCUGUCGCUUCGCAUCGCCACUCCCUCGCCGCAGGACAGUUGGGCACUGCGGUCGGCAGCCGUUCUCAGCGUCUGCCCUUGAUGGCAGGCCACGCGCCGUCGAAACCGGUCACCUCCUCCUCCUCCUCAUUGUCCUCUCACCUCGUGAGAAGCCCGAGAUGCUCAAAGCGCUCUGCGGCGUCGUCGUCGUCGUCGUCUGUUUCUCAAACGUCACCGGAGAAAAAGUUGAAGGCCAGCUGUUUCCCCCGCCCCCUCACUCCUAAAAACAAGAACGGCAACAGCGGACCUUCCUUCUCUCAACUUCACACUUCCCUCAGUCCAGCUGACCGCAGGCAGUCGGUGAUGUUCACCAUCGACAACACCCCUCAGAGCAACGGCAGCAGUCUGCUGAGAAAAGGCCUGAUUAAGCUCCGUGGCUCCACCCGGAAGUCACCGGGCAAAACCUCCAAGAGGUCUCCCGCAAAUGCCGUGCAGAAAAAAAACAAGUCUGCAGAAACAUCCCGCGUUGCGGUGGGACGAGCGGGCAGGGGUGGCAGCUCCAAGUCCCCCCGGGUGGUCGCUAAAGAGAACAGGGACUCCCCUCAAACCUUCAAAGGAAGGACUGCAAAGUCUCCACGGUUGACUGCAACUGCUCGCAAGUGUGUCUCUAUCAGUGAAGCAAAUCCUCCUGCAAGCCCGACAAGGUCAAUGAUCAUUAAGUGACUUGCAUGCUGCUUUUUGUCCCGACAUGCUUGUGGUGUCUUGUGGUUUCCUCACACUUAAUGACAAGCACUGGAUCUGAGGGUGUCUUCUUUAAUACUAAACAUUUUUCACAUAUUAAGGUGGUACAAAUUUUGCAAUUGAAUCUGAUUGUGCUGAGCUUUUCCUGAAUUCUAAUCAAUCUGUUUUUUCCUUGCAGGUGAUGAGGCAAAUCUUGUAAAUAUUUUCAUCACGAGCCAUUUUGUAAAUUUUUAUUUUCCACUUUUUUUUUUUUUUAUUUUCUUACACUUUUACACCUUUUUUUCGUGAUUAAUUUUUUUUUUAAAUUUAAAUGUUGAAUAAAGAUUUGUGUUUUGAACCUUGA